AUUAAUGAGAGCCAAGAAAGAAGACUAAUAAAAAGUCUACAAACAAUCCCAAAAGAAAUCGAAAGGUUGAUGAUGGCCACGCCCACGGCGACGGCGGAUGGAGGUGACGAGAUACUGAAGGCACGUACGGACACGAGAGAAUAUCGGAGGAUUGUACUUAAGAAUUCGCUGGAAGUGUUGUUAAUCAGCGAUCCAGACACUGACAAAUGUGCUGCUUCGAUGAAUGUUAGCGUCGGAUCCUUCUCGGACCCAGAAGGAUUGGAAGGCCUAGCUCAUUUCCUUGAGCAUAUGCUAUUUUAUUCAAGUGAAAAAUUCCCUGAGGAAAAUGGUUUGUUCAAGUAUGUCAUUGAGCAUGGAGGGAGUUCAAAUGCUUAUACAACUACUGAAGAUACAAACUACCAUUUCGAUAUCAACACAGAUUGUUUUGAUGAAGCUUUGGAUAGGUUUGCACAGUUCUUUAUCAAACCACUAAUGUCAGCUGAUGCCACCAUGAGAGAGAUCAAGGCUGUCGACUCUGAGCAUCAGAAAAAUCUGUUGUCUGAUUCUAGGCGUCUGCGCCAGGUACAGAGGCUUUUAAGUAGAACAGACCAUCCAUAUCACAAAUUUGCCUCAGGUAACUUAGAUACUCUUCAUGUACAACCCGAAGCAAAAGGAGUAGAUAUAAGGAGUGAGCUGAUUAAAUUCUAUGAUGAACACUAUUCUGCCAACAUCAUGCGUCUGGUUGUUUAUGCAAAGGAAAACCUUGAUAAAACUCAAGGUUUAGUGGAAGAGUUAUUCCAGGAAAUUCGAAACACAGACAAGGGUAUUCCUAGAUUUCCUGGUCAGCCGUGUACUCUAGACCAUUUGCAGAUUCUUGUGAAGAUUGUUCCCAUAAGGCAGGGACAUGAGCUUAUUGUUUCAUGGCCUGUAACUCCUAGCAUUCUCCAUUAUGAAGAAGGACCAUGCAAGUACAUUGGCCGUCUAAUUGGUCACGAAGGCGAAGGAAGUUUGUUUCAUGCCUUAAAAAUCUUGGGUUGGGCAACGAGACUGCAUGCUGGUGAAGCAUGGUUGAGUAUAGAGUAUUCAUUCUUCAAUGUUUCGAUAACUCUUACUGAUUCUGGCCAUGAGCAUAUGCAAGAUAUUGUAGGAUUGUUGUUCAGACACAUUAACCUUAUACAACAGUCUGGUGUUUCCCAAUGGAUUUUCGAUGAGCUCUCAGCUAUCUGUGAGGCAGAGUUUCAUUAUCAAGCCAAAAUACACCCAAUGUCUUAUGCGAUACGUAUUUCAUCAAACAUGACGAUAUACCCAACCAAGCAUUGGCUGGUUAAAUCAUCACUGCCAUGGAAAUUUAAUCCAGCUAGUGUGGAAAAGGUUCUCGAUGAGCUUUCUCCCAAUAAUGUUCGAAUCUUUUGGAAAUCAAAUAAAUUUGAAGGUGAAACUGACAAGGUUGAGCCAUGGUAUAACACUCCUUAUUCUCUUGAGAAGAUGACUAAAUUCACCAUUCAGGAGUGGGUGCAGUCUGCUCCUGAUGUAAAUCUGCAGCUACCAACACCUAAUAUCUACAUUCCUACGGAUUUUUCAUUGAAGGAUGUUAAGGAUAAGGACAUCUUUCCUGUUUUGUUGAGAAAGACAUCAUUCUCAAGAUUGUGGUAUAAGCCUGAUACAAAAUUCUUCAGACCAAAGGCAUAUGUUAAGAUGGAUUUCAACUGCCCCCUUGCAGUCAGCUCUCCAGACGCUGCGGUUCUUUCAAAUAUUUUUGUUUCUUUGCUAGAGGACUAUUUGAAUGAAUAUGCUUAUUAUGCUCAUGUUGCUGGUCUUCGCUAUGGAUUAAGUCUUUCGAAAAAUGGUUUUGAGCUCUCUCUUGUUGGCUUUAAUCACAAAAUGAGUAUCUUGCUGGAAGCUAUCAUUCGAAAGAUAGCAAAAUUCCAAGUGAAACCUGAUAGGUUUUCUGUUAUCAAGGAAACAGUCACAAAGGCAUACAAAAAUUACAAAUUCCGACAACCGUAUGAACAAGCAAUGAGUUACUGCUCAAUGGUAUUACAAGAUAACUCUUGGCCUUGGACAGAGAAAUUAGAUGCUCUUUCUUGUUUGGAAGCUGAAGACUUGGCGAAUUUUGUUCCAAUGUUGUUAUCGAGGACGUUUGUUGAGUGCUAUAUAGCAGGAAAUGUUGAGAAGAGUGAAGCUGAGUCAAUGGUCAAGCAUAUGGAAGAUGUUCUUUUUAAUGACCCAAAACCUAUCUGUCGUCCGCUACUUCCAUCUCAGUUCCUGACAAGCAGAGUUGCAGAGCUCGGAACAGGAAUGAAAUACUUCUACCAUCAAGAAGGCUCAAACCCCAGCGAUGAAAACUCUGCUCUAGUGCAUUAUAUUCAGAUUCAUCAAGAUGAAUUUUCCAUGAAUAUCAAACUUCAGCUUUUUAAACUUGUCUCAAAGCAAGCCACUUUUCACCAGCUUAGGACAGUUGAGCAACUUGGUUACAUCACUUCUCUUUCUCAAAGAAACGAUUCUGGUGUCUAUGGUUUGCAGUUCUAUGUUCAGUCUUCAGUAAAGGGUCCUGGACAUAUUGAUUCAAGGGUCGAGUCACUACUCAAGGAUCUUGAGAGUAAACUUUACAUGAUGAGCGAUGAGGAAUUUAAGAGCAAUGUAACAGCUUUGAUAGACAUGAAGCUUGAAAAAGCCAAGAACUUGAACGAGGAAUCCCGAUUUUACUGGGGAGAGAUUCAAAAAGGGACACUUAAGUUCAACCGCAAAGAUGCAGAGGUGGCUGCACUGAGAGAGCUAAAGAAGGAAGAAUUGAUCGAUUUCUUCGACGGAUACAUAAAGGUUGAUGCACCGAAAAAGAAAUCGUGGAGUAUAUGCGUUUACGGAAACCAACAUGUAAACGAAAUGGCAUCUGACAAAGACAAAGUUGUGUCACCAUCCAUAAAAGUCGAAGACAUUGUUGGUUUCAGAAACUCUCAACCUCUUUACGGAUCGUUGAGCGGAUGUGGACAGCUGAAACUGUGAAUGAGGUCCCAACACUUCUCAAGGAUAUACACAAACACUCAUAUACGAAAAUGUGAACAAUUUAUUUGUUAGAAAACAGAGUCUUAUCAUCUUAGAUAGAACUCUGCAUUAUUAACGACUGGUUUAUAUUUCGAUGUAAUAAGUGAUCGAAAUCGGUGAGCUGUACAUAUAUUAAAAUGGCUGCCUGUUUAAACCCUCA